GCUACAACUGGAAUGCUUACAGAUUUAGUAAAUGAAACCAAGAUUUUAUUCUUAAGAGCUCGUGAUCCUUCACAUUCAGCCCGACUCCAAUUAGCAAUGUUAGUGACUCCGGGAUUUAUCCAGAGUAGCAGAACAAUCAGUUUUCUUAAAUCAAAAAUUAAUUCUUAUUAUGCGGAUCAUCGAACGCGCUUGAAUACUGAAAUUAGGGCAUAUGGUGAGGAUUACAUUUAUAAUAAUUUAAUCACUCUUGAUAAUAUACCAACAAUCGAAAAUUUGAAGUUAUAUGUUGAUGAAACAUGUAGAUAUCAAUGUUUCAAAACUUCAAUGACACAAGUGUCAGAGGAUUGGUGGGAUGAGAAUCUUACUGAUGUUGAAACAUUCUGA